AAGAAAUCCAAAAUUCCUCCUGAAUUAGAAGCAGUUAAUCCGGUUGAAUUUUUUCGUAAUUUUGGUAAAUCAACAAAAGAAAUGAAAAUUAAUGCGGAAGAAACCAAAAUUAGUGGGAAAAAUACAAAGUCGUCAAAAAAGGCUGCUCAGACGAUGAUUUCUUCCAGUGAUUUACCGGACAAAUCAAAACAGAAUAUAACUGUGGAAGGUGAAGUUGUGGCCACUAAUAUCGUUACAAGCAGUAAGAAAGUUAGAAAGUCUUCUCAGAAAUCAGAUCAAAUAGAAGCAGGAGCUUUAUCUAAAGUAAUUGCAUCUCCUAUGAGAUCAGUGACCGAAUCAAUAUCAGAAGCUAGAAAAGGAAAAAAAGAAAAAACAAAAAAAAAGAAUAUCAAGGGAGAAAAAGUCAAGUCAGAUAGUAUUUCUUCUGAGAAUAACGAAUUGAGUAACAAAAAACUUGAGCAAAGAUCCAAAUUCAAAGACAUUUCAUUUUUAAUGAAUGAUCACGAAGAAACCGGAAAGGUCAUGAAAACAAAAAUGUUUUUGCCAUGGGUAGAUAAAUACAAACCAAGCAGUAGAAAAGAUUUAGUUGGACAAAACGGAGAAAAAUCGCCUAUGAAUAAACUAUUAGGCUGGCUUCAAAAUUGGGCAAAAAAUCAUCUGGGACAAGGUGGAAAGCAAAAAAAAAGUAAUAAAAUAACAACUUUAGCUCGUCCUCCGCCGUGGUUAAUGCAAAAUGAUGGUACUGCUUUCAAAGCAGUGAUGCUCAGUGGUCCACCUGGUGUCGGUAAAACAACAUGUGCUGUAAUGGCUUGUAAAGAAUUGGGUUUACGAUAUGUGGAGAAAAAUGCAUCUGAUGUUCGAAACAAAAAGGCAUUAGAAGCACAAACGUCAGAAUUGAUUGAUUGUGAACAGAUGGAUGGUUAUAUUAAUAACAGUUCAGUCGCACGCAAAAGCAACUCUGAAAAGACAGUAAAAUUUAUUGAUCAUUUAAAAUCAGAAACGCCUGAAAAAAAUUUAAUUUUGUUGAUAGUGAAUACAUCCGGAGAAAUAACACAUGUAUUGAUCAUGGAUGAAGUCGAUGGAAUGAGUGGAAAUGAUGAUCGAGCUGGAAUUGGUGAGCUAAUACAAAUGAUCAAACAAACACACAUACCUAUAAUUUGUAUAUGUAAUGAUCGGCAGUCGCAAAAAAUGCGCUCAUUAGUCAAUUACUGUUUUGAUGUGCGUUUUCAAAGGCCACGUGUGGAACAAAUUAGAGCAAGGAUGUUGACUAUAAUUUGCCAAGAGCAUUUGGAAAUUAAAAAGGAAGAAGUUGAUGAAGUAAUUGAAGUUGCUGAACAUGAUGUUCGUCAGUCAAUUUAUAACUUACAGCUUUUGUAUGCGGGGGGAACGGGAAAAGAAUUGCAGAGCAAAGAUGUUGCUCUUAAUCCAUUCGAAGCUGCUCGUCGUUUGUUGAGUGCUGAUACACCGAUGUGGGAAAAACAGGAGAUGUUUUUUGUGGACUUUUCACUUAUGCCACUUUUUGUGCAGGAAAAUUAUCCAUUCGUUCAAAAUUCAAAGCAAAGUAUAGGAAAACGUUUAUCUGCGUUAAGAAAAGCAGCAGACAGUAUUUCAUUAGGCGAUUUAAUUGAUAAAACGAUUCGCACAACAGGUUCGUGGACGUUGCUCAAUGAACAGGCAUUAUUUUCAUCAGUAGCACCAACUACUCAUAUGAAUGGACACAUGAAGGGAAUGAUCAAUUUUCCUUCAUGGUUAGGAAAAAACUCAACAUUUAUGAAGCACCAACGUUUGUUGCGUCAGCUGACAACUCACACUUAUUUAAGAACUUUUGCCACAGUUUCGUCAAUGGUGCUUGAUUAUGUUCCAGUAUUGCGACGUCAGUACUGCUGUCCUUUGUUAGAAAAAGAGAGUGAUGGAGUCCACGAUGUUAUUAAUCUUUACAAAGAAUAUAAUUUGGUUAAAGAUGAUAUGGAUUCAAUUGCGGAAUUAGCUGUAUGGCCGAGCAUAAAAGAUCCAGGAGCUGCUAUUUCAUCAAAGAUCAAAGCAGCUCUUACACGCACUUUAAAUAAAGAGCAUAUAUUAUUACCAUAUGCUGUAGAUACAGUAAUGAAAGGACGAAAGAAAGCAGUUGGUGGUAUGUUAUUAUGA